UCCACAGAGGAAAAAGAAAGUAGUUUUUGAAGUUGACCUAACUUUAUCUGCGCUACACCGAUCGAUCCUCGUUUGGAACUUGAAACAGCGACGAUGAUGAUGUCAAAUCUUCCACAGGAUUUGGUAGAGGAGAUUCUCUCUAGGGUUCCGUUGACAUCUACGAGAGCAGUGCGAUCUACUUGUAAAAAGUGGAACGCUUUAUCCAAAGAUCAGAGCUUUGCAAAUAAACACAUCGGUAAUAUUGUAGCCACACCAGAGGAAAGAGACUUUCUGAUGAUCAUGGAGAAUAAGGCUUAUUUGAUUGGCGUCAAUCUCCAUGGUAUUCAAAAUAACAAUGUUGAUCUAUCUAUAAAGCGUAAAGGUAAACUUAUUAACCUAGACCAUCCAGAUCAAAUAUUCAAGGUCUUUCACUGCAAUGGUUUAUUGUUAUGCCUAUCAGGAAAAACCAUUGAUGAUGAUGUUAUUAUUACACUUGUGGUUUUAUUUAACCCGUAUUGGGGGAAACAUAAAUGGUUCAAACGCACAAAUAAUUAUGGGAGAUUCGACAAAUUUGCUUUCGGAUACGACAAAUCCUGCGGUAGCCACAAAAUAUUGAGGCUUUUCGGUGAUUACCUAAAUAACAUAGAAAUCUACAAUUUGAGCUCUGAUUCUGAUUCAUGGAUGGUUCCUAGUGUCACUCUUGAAUGGGAUAUAGUGGAUAUGCAUGAUGACGUGUCUUUGAAGGGCAAUACAUACUGGUAUGCUAAAGAUAAAGAAUCAGAAGAUUAUUAUUUAUUAUGUUUUGAUUUUACAAGAGAGAGAUUCGGACCGCGUUUGCCUCUUCCUCAGCCCUUCAUCAAUGAAGGUUGUGGGUCUCUAUCUGUGGUUGGAGAAGAGAAGCUUGCAGUGUUAUUACAGCAUUGGGGUGCAUCAGAAAUGGAGAUUUGGGUUACGAACAAGAUUGAGCCUGAUGAAGUGUCGUGGAGCAAGUUCUUGAAAGUUUAUAAGAGGCCACAUUGUUUUUACGUUGCGAAUUUCUUGAUUGAGGAAGAGAAGAAAGUCGCAGUGGUUUUUGAUGAUUAUGAGACAAAGAGUUUUAAAUCCAAUAUUGUCAGCAACGCUUACAUCAUUAGAGAGAAUGGUUAUUUCAGAACAGUGGAUCUCAGUGAAUAUCCAUACACAACACGUUGCGGUCUUGCUUGCUCUUAUGUACCAAGUUCUGUGCAAAUCAUGUAAACCAGUUUAUCCCUUGUUUUCUAAUUAC